CAAGCUGAGCGACUAAGGUUAAACAACUUGCACGGCUGUUCUAUAAGUAUUAAAAAUACUAAAUCUGUUCGUUUGAAACAAGAAUGCUGCUUAAAGUCUUGCUGUUUUUCUUCUUUGUUCACGUUGCGCACUCGGGUAAGUUUUCAACGUUUUCUACAAUGGCAAUUUUUACUGUACGAUGGUGACACCUAAAUUGGGCCUUCGUGGCUUCAGUAUGGCUAUACGUAAACUAGAUUUUGGUUCAAGAUUAAAGUUUCCGUUAUUGGUGUACUACGUGCGAUACUACGAUGUACAUCUUUGCAAAAUGAAAAGCAAAAUAGAUGUAUAAAAUAUGCAUGCACAGUUUCGACUGACGCCCCAUGCAAUCCCUCGAUUCAGGGCUCGAAGUGGAGAAAAAAUACGGCCUUCCAGUCUAAUAUUUAGCCUGCCAUUUUUAUUCAUUGAACUGCCGAAAUGGCGAUGUAUCAUAGGAGUCAUAUUGUAAAAAUCAAUGUUUUCAUGAUAUGCAUUUUUAUUAUUUUUAAACUUGUCCAUAUUUUACUACUGUAGACUUGGAUUUACAUUUCAAAUCUAAACGUAUUUAGUCACCUAUAAUAAAAUAAUCUAGUAUAUAUAUAUAUAUAUAUAUAUAUAUGUAUAUAUAUAUAUAUAUAUAUAUAUAUAUAUAUAUAUAUAUAUAUAUAUAUAUAUAUAUAUAUAUAUAUAUAUAUAUAUAUAUAUAUAUAUAUAUAUAUAUAUAUAUAUAUAGUUGUGGUAAGCAAAUGAAAUGAAAUAUUUUUUUUACUUGGCAGUUCAAAUUUGUUUUUGCAUGCCAUUUCUAAAAUGUGGCCUUCUUCUGGCCAUUGGCAGCCCGCUAUUUCGAGCCCUGUCUCUAUUUGUAUUUAGGUAUUUGGCAUUAUGUCGGCCACGCCUGCAUUGGUGCGAAGGGCAACAGCUAUAAAGAACUGGUGUAUAAAGGACCAAACGUUUUUGUUGGCGCCGUGAAACUUGUUCACACUUCAGGCUAUGUGUCGUGCAGGUCAUCUAGUCGAAAUUCCUACUGGGGCUGUGAUAGCAGCAAGGUUCUUGCUAUUACCAUCACAGAUACUAGCGAUAGAGUCCUUUAUCCUUCGCCACAUUUGAUUAAAAGGGGAGGAGCCGGUUGGUAUGAGAUGCCAGGAUACAACGGUGUUUCCCCUGAGCUCAUCUUUAGAGAUUUCUGUGAGCCGCAAUAUUUCAAGAAAGGUAGAAAACUGAGAGUUUGGUAUGGCGAAGAUCUACAUGGUCACACUGAACAUGAUAACCAUGGAAAAUCCUGCAUGCAUGUUUAUUUCUAUUUGUUGGCACAUUAACCUUGGAUUUGUACGUUAAAACUACCUAUAACCGUAUAACUACCAACAAUAUUUACUUUUUAUCUCGAGUUUUUGUUAUACUGUAGCUACUGUAUUAUUUUGUCGGAACGUACGAACUUUUACUGAGUUUUACUUGAUUAAAAUUUGGUAAUUAUCAAACAAUGUGAUUUAGAUGAUUGUUGUAUUAGCGAAAAAUCGUAAUGUAUCAACUGAAUGUUAUGGAAAUUACAAUGACCUAUUAAAUAAUGAGCAAUGC